AUGCGAAAACGUUGAUGUUUGCUCAUGUCAGUCCUGAAGGGGAUUCCUUCGGAGAAACAAUUAGUACUCUGAAGUUUGCACAGAGAGUUUUGAGUGUGGAACUUGGUGCAGCUCGUUUAAAUAAAGAGAGCGUCGAAGUUUUAGAGCUCAAGGCAGAGAUCGAGACCCUCAAAAAGUCGUUGGCUAACAAGGAAGCACUAACUCCUCAAACUAACAAACCAAAGGAAGCAUCAAGGACACCUUUCCAGAAGCCUAAAGCAACAGCUGAGCUUCAGGAAGGAUAUGAUGUCACAAAAUUGUAUGAUCAAGCGGGUAAUAAUAGUUUCAUGAAGACUCCUCCGAGUCCACCUUUUGAUUUUAGAAGCCAGGAUACUCCCCAAACUCCAGCUUCUGGUCUCAAAUACCAGCAAUCUCCUCGAAGUCCAACUUCUGGUUUUAAAAGCCAACAGCCUCCUCGGAGUCCAACUUCUGGUUUUAAAAGCCAGCAGCCUCCUCGGAGUCCAACUUCUGGUUUCAAAAGCCAGCAGCAUCUUCGGAGUCCAACUUCUGGUUUCAAAAGCAAGCAUGCUCCUCGGAGUACAACUUCCACCUAUAAAAGUCAGCAGCUUCCUUGAAGUCCAACUUCUGGUUUCAAAAGCCAGCAGGCACCUCGGAGUCUAACUUCCGCUUUGAAGAGCUGCAAUGUACCUAGGAGUCCAACAAGUGCUGCCAUCAAAAGCCAGGCUGUGAAAACAACAGAUAACAGAACAAGGAUUCCUUCUCUUCAACUACCCAAGACACCCGAGCCACUGAUAACCUUUAUAAGUGAGAACAAGGCAGGAAUGCAAAGUAACCGUACCAUUUCAUCUAAAUUCCAGAAGCCUUUGACUAGCAGUACUCAUGGAAAGGGAUCUCAAAUAUGAAGAUCACUUUGGACUAUUGGGAUAAUGGUUCUGAUAGAAAGUAUGUAAGCUAUAGCUUUUCGAAAGUUCAACAUUGUGAUUCUGUUGCCUGAGAUACUCCUGUUAUCUUCCCGUCCUUAUCAUGGACGCAUAAUCGUGUUCUAUUUGUGAAAAUUUACAGGAACCAACAGAAAAGGACUAAAGCAGCAGCCCUAUCAUCGCCUUUUAGUUGCCAAAAUGAGGAG